AUGGGGAAUCUCAUGUCCUGCGUCCUAAUCUGUGGAGCAGUCGAGGUCGUCCACGUCGUCCACUCGGACGGUCAUGUGGAGCGGCUCAUCCGGCCGCUGGAUUCCUCCAAGGUUCGCAAGAAUUCCAGCCACAAGCGCCUCAAUUCCUCCUCCUUCUCCGGCUGCUCGCCCCCCCGGGCGGAUCUCCUGAAAUGCCUCUCCAAUCUCGGCGGCAAGAGCUCCAGCGAUGGCGCCGCCGUGGAAUCGGAGCCCGGCCGCUCUUAUCUUCUCCUCCCGAUCACCAAUGCCGAUGAUUCCAGCGGAGCUUUCCAGUACAAGCGCCUCUCCUCGUUCCAGUUCUACAAAUCCGCGUUCCUCUCUCCCAAAUCGAGCUCCUCAUCCAAAUCCCUGGUUGCCGCGCCGAAGGAUAAGAAUCAAACUCCCAGCGAGAAGAAUGGUAAGACGCGGAGAUCUCCCGGCGACGAGCACGACGAUCGCAAGCUGCUGCUCAAGGAUUCGUCGCAGCAGCCAUUCAAGGUGAGGCAAGAAGGCGGCGUCACCAAGCUCGUCGUCUCCAAGAAAUACUUGCAGCAGCUCCUCUCGGAGAGCAACGUGAAGAAAUCAUCAUCCUCGUCGUCAUCGUCCUCGAAAGAUCGUCACGAUCAUCGCGGCGGCGCUGCCCGUGCCACUCCGACCAAUGGAUCGUCCUCGUCCACCGCCCCGGCAGCUCUACCCGGCGCCGCUCCUCCGCGAGUCGGCAGGCCCGGGAUCUGGCGCCCGGCGUUAGAGAGCAUCUCGGAGGCGGCCGCCGCUGCCGCCGCGAUCGCAGCCCACCAUCCCCAAGAACCCUAA